GGCCUGUCCGGUAGUUAGGACGUGAACGAGUGCCUGCGCUAGGGUUUGCUUGCGGCUGGAGAGAUGGCCGGGGCUGGGAUCCUGUGCGCGCCGGCGGUGGCGGGCGCGGCGGGAGUGGCGGGCGCGGCCACGGCGACGAGGAGGAGAAUUGGGAGGAAUGGAGUGGCGGCAGCAGCAGUAGAUGAGGGUGGAGGCAAGCGUCGUCGGCAAAGGCUGCUAGACUUGGUUGGGCGCGUCCCGGGUGCGGCUACAAACUACUUCAGGAGCCCCUGGAGGAGAGCCCUGUUUGGAGGCAUAUCACUGCUGGGCGGCUUCUUCGUGGCACAGACAAUCUCCCUGUCGUUUGGGGCGGUGGGUGUCAACGAUGUCAUCGCGUCGGCGCUGUGCGUGCUCCUCACCGAGUACAUGACCCGCUUCUACUUCACCCGCCAGCGCCCGUCCCUCGGGGUAGCGCUCCUCAACAAUUUCAAGAUGGGCUUCACGUAUGGCCUCUUCAUCGACGCAUUCAAGCUCGCCAGCUAGCUAUAGAUCAUUCGUGCUCUGGAUCUCUUAAAUCCGUGUAAGCGAGGAAAGCACCUAGGGCUUUAGGU